AUGAAGGACCUCUUCGCGGACGCAAACUUUCCCCGCACGCUCGAUCAGCGCGUUUAUCACCUAGGCAUACGGGCUGGCGAAGUCGCGAACCGCAUCAUCACUGUGGGAUCGCCCUCCCGUGCAAAGCGCAUCGCUGGUCUCCUCGAUGCGUCGCCCUGGCACCUCACGACCGAACGUGGCUUUCUGAUCUUCACUGGCCGCUACCAGGGCAUUCCUCUCUCCAUCGUGAGCAUCGGAAUGGGAAACUCGAUGGCUGACUUCUUCAUGCGUGAGGUGAGAGAGUGCCUGAGCGGCGACAUGGUCGUGGUAAGACUGGGCUCUUGUGGCGGGCUGGGAGACGUCGAGGUCGGGAGUGUAGUCGUCCCAAGGGCCAGCAUCGCUGUCAAUCGGAAUUACGAUUACGAUUUCCAAACCGGUCAAUCAACGGAGCCUCCGUAUAGAUACAGCAAGCCGGUCCAAGCUGACGAAGAGCUCCGUGCCGCGGUUGCGAAGGCGUUGCGCGACACUCAUCCUCCAACCGUAACGGCCGGCGUUAUCACGGAUACAAUAAACGCCUCAACUGAUAGUUUCUAUUCAUCGCAAGGGCGGCAAACAUCCUUCCCGGACCACAAUUCUGAAGUAAUCAGAAACCUGCAAAGCCUGCAUAAGGAUCUCGCUACAUUCGAGGUAACACGUUCGCGCCUGUUUGCUCUCAGGAGCGUACGCCGCUGA